CUUGCUCGUCGAAGUCGCCACUGUAGUGUGUCUCCAGCAGUUUGGUCCUGAGCUCUCCAUAUCCUCACCCACAUGUCCUACUUCCUUCCACACCUGCCCAGCGGCUGGCAUGUCGACGAAGCCAUCAAGUCUGAAGAGGACCGUAUCGUCGUAAUUCGCUUUGGCCAUGACUGGGACCAUCAAUGCAUGACGAUGGACGAGACCCUCUACUCUGUCGCAGAGAAAGUGCAAAACUUUGCAGUCAUCUACCUCGUAGAUAUCACCGAGGUCCCGGACUUUAACAAGAUGUACGAGUUAUACGAUCCGUGCACCGUCAUGUUCUUCUAUCGUAACAAACAUAUCAUGAUUGAUCUCGGAACUGGUAACAACAACAAGAUAAACUGGGCAAUGAAUCACAAACAGGAGCUGAUUGACAUCAUUGAAACUGUUUACCGCGGAGCCUCCAAGGGCCGUGGUCUUGUCGUAUCACCAAAAGAUUAUUCCACCCGUUACAGAUAUUAGACUGAUCUCCGUGCCUCUCGCACUCUUCUACCCUGUACUUGUACCAAAUUAUGUAUAGCAACAAACGUGAUGCAUGUUUGUGUGUUUCCCACUUUUUACUGUUAUCGAAUGUUCAAGAGUAACCCCAUUGAUAUUGUUUUUCCUCGACGAUCACUACAAGAGAAGAAAUUCUGUCAUAACGCUUCGUAAC